AUGACAACCUGGCUCACUGUGCUCGUCGCCUGGCUGGCGGCACUCGCCAGCGGAUGGGAGAGGGUCCUCCAAGCCGACCGCGCCAUCGACCGCUGGACUGCCGAGAUCACGAAGACGAAGAGCGCAAUCUUCGUGGCGGGUCUCGUCUUUGUUUUCUACGCUAUUGCGGUGUAUGUCGUCCUGUCCUGGACGACCAUCGGGCGUCGCGUCUCGUACAGACUCGUUUCUUCCUCGCUUCCCUUCGAAGGCCUCUGCAGAGCUCAAGUUCUGUACGCUUCCAAAGUCGAACCUCUCAGGACCUUGUGGGAGGGCUUCACCGACCUGUCGCAGCUCGACUUGCGGCUCAUCGCCGAGUUCCUUGACAUCGCUCUGUUGGUGAACGAGGUCGACGUGCAGCACCGUAUCAAGACCGGCGCUGCACCUGGAGACGACCAGCGCGAUCUCAGAAGGAGAGUCGAGACCUACACCAGCCUGAUGGGCCUCAUUCUGCGUCGAAUCAUCGUCUUCGUCGUCCUCCUUGUAGGGGGAUCGACGCGUAUCCUUUCCUGGGGCCACGUCGCAGAGCUAGCGGUGGUCUGCUGCGCCUGGUGGGCCAUCAACGAUUCGACGCGCCACAGCCUCCUGCACAACGAGAAUGGCCUCGCUUUUCUCGACCGCGUCCGGAGUCUCGCGAUGAGCAUGUUUAGACUUCUCGAGUUCGACGACCUCGUCAUCGCCGACUUUGAGUACUUCCAAGCGACCAAGCACCUCGACGAGCCCGACGCUCACCUGUGUGAAGCCAUUCUCGCCGCCGUCAAGGGUCGACGCGACCUCACGGACAAGUUGCGCGACGAGCGUGCGAAGAACAGGACGAGGGCAGGCUCAUUGCGCCGCUCGGACUGA